GGCCAAAUGUUUUUCGGAUUUUGUACACUACAGGUUCAUUUUAUGAAGCUACUAAAAAGUUUUUGAAACUAGAGUGCGCUAAACCGACUUUUGAUAUAGUAAAUAUUAGGUAUUCAAAUUUUGAAAAUCGCCUUAAUACUUUGAACGAUUGGCAGAAAAAUGGUACCACUGAUACUCAUAUGAUUAACAUUUGUAAAGCCGGAUUUUAUUAUUCUGGUAAUAAGGAUUGGUUUGUGUGCUUUUGCUGUGGUUCUAGUAUAAGAGCUGAGAAACUGCGAAACGUGCCAUGGAAUUUUCAUCGCACUAUGAAACCAUGGUGUCAAUUUCUUAUUUUAAGCAAAGGUCGACCUUUUUUAAGAAAAAUGCAUUUUACACAUAAUCCGAUAUUAGAUGGACCAGUCAAUGAAAUGAAAUUUGAAGCACUAAUAAAUCAUCUGGAACACAAAAAUAAUUGUUAUAUAUUUGUAAAUCAUGAAAAAGAAUUUAGGUUGAACAGUUUAUCAAAGCAAAUGCGACCAAAGAACCCUAUUAUACCAAACUUUAAAUUAGAUGUUUGUACAGUAAAUCCUAAACUAAUGCAAAAGGAAAUGUUAUGCAGAAUAUGCGGCAAAGAAAGAAUGGAAGUUGUCUUCUUACCAUGUAAUCAUUUAUAUUCCUGCAUACCUUGCAGUGUGAAUAGUAAGGACUGUAAACAGUGUGGAAAAGAGUAUUCAUAUGCUAUACGCUUGUUUGUUUACUAUGCCUAUAAUUAUCAUAUUAUGGAUGGUACAAUUACUUUUGUGCCGUAUUUAAAUCCGUUGCUGUGUAAAAUGUGUGAAUAUUCUGAAAUAGAAGUUGCCUUUAUACCAUGUAAACAUCUUUACAGCUGUUUUGCGUGUGCAGCAAAAUUGGAUAAAUGUCUGCUAUGCAAUAUAAAAGUGGCUGCAUAUAUAAACUUGAAACUUACAUCUUUGUCGCCAGAUUUGUAAAAUUAAUUUCAUCGUAAUAGAGUUUAAUAUUCAUGAGUACAUAUGAAUAAUAAUAUUAAAAUUCUAGUAUCUAAUUAUGAUAAUAAUAAAUU